GUUUUAAAAUCUUAUUUCAUUUUUUCAGGCCCCAACAUAUCAUUUGAUAUUUGAAGCACUUCUGAUAAUAUGGAUCUUAAAGCUUGUGUUUUCCAAAUCCUAUGCACCAAACAAAACAAUUCUUACAGAAAAGGAAAAAGAAGAGUUGAUACAAGAAUGGCAGCCAGAACCCCUUGUACCAGAUGUACCUGAUGAUCAUCCUAUACUUCAAGCCAUGGACAACAAUAUUAUCUCGGGUCGUCCAGACAAGAUAAUGACCAUUAAUGGAAAAUCUGUGAUGAACAUGGCUUCUCUCAACUUCCUAGGUCUCCUUGGUGACGAGUCUAUUGAGGAUGCUGCACAGAAGGCAUUAAGUAAAUAUGGUGUUGGAUCAUGUGGUCCCAGAGGAUUCUAUGGAACUAUGGAUGUACACUUGGAGCUUGAGGAAAGACUUGCAAAGUUUAUGAACUGUGAAGAAGCCAUUCUUUAUUCAUAUGGAUUUGCAACAAUUGCCAGUGCUAUACCAGCUUAUUCAAAGAGAGGAGAUGUCAUCUUUGUAGAUGAAGGUGUAUGUUUUGCCAUACAGAAAGGUUUGGUAGCAUCUAGAAGUCAUAUCAGAUAUUUCAAACAUAACGACAUGGAAGACUUAGAGAGACUUUGCCUUGAACAGCAGAAAGAGGAUAAAAGGCUGCCAAAGAAAGCCAAGGUUACAAGGAGAUUUUUGGUUGUGGAGGGACUUUAUGCUAAACAUGGAGAUUUGUGCCCCCUACCUAAACUUGUUGAGAUGAAGUGGAAAUACAAACUUCGUAUAUUUGUUGAAGAAAGUUUUUCAUUUGGUGUGCUGGGUAAAACUGGAAGAGGAAUAACUGAACAUUUUGGCGUCAGUAUUGAUGAGAUAGACUUGAUGGCAGCAUGUUUAGAAAAUGCUAUAGGAGGCGCUGGAGGCUUCUGUUGUGGAAAGAAAUAUAUUGUUGAUCAUCAGAGGUUGUCCGGGUUAGGGUACUGUUUUUCGGCAUCACUACCACCAAUGCUGGCAUCAGGAGCCAUACAGUCACUCAAUAUUAUUGAAAAUGAUCCUUCAAUGAUGACAAGGUUGCAGCAUAAUUGUGAACAAAUACAUGAACUACUCUCAAAGAUUGAAGGUAUGAGGGUAUUGGGAGAUAAAGUAGCUCCUAUCAAACAUCUUAGUCUAUCUGAACUCAGUGAUGACCGUGAUAUCGACAGUAGAACAUUGGAGAAAAUUACAGAGGAGGCUAUGGAGAGAGGUUUAGCAUUGACACCAGCUAGAUACCUAGAGCAUGAGGAACAUAAUCUCCCACCACCAAGUAUAAGAAUAGCAGUGAACUUGAAGUUGACAGACGAGGAUAUUGAUAAAUGUAUGACUAUAUUGACAGAAUCCUGUCAUGCUGUUCUCUCAAAGAGUUCAUAAUGUCCUGUGAUAGCAGUAUUUUACCAAGAAAACCAGGCAUGCCAAAAUAGUUGGAAGUCGAACAUUUUUAUACACCAUGAUCAAAUAGUGAUACAAGGAUAUUCCAUGCAACACAAAAAAACAAUUACAAAAGUUCAUAAAUGCUCAAAACUGUUUUUUACUCCUAUUUUCUAAUUGUGUACGUUUUGUUACAUUGUGUUGUGUAUUUAUACUUUUGUAUCUUUUCACAUUUUAAGUUAAUAAUUCCAGCAUUAAA